UCACCUCCCCUUCUAAGUCUAAAUGGCUAUCUUUGCAGGGUUUCCAAAUUUGUAUUCAACUCACUUAAUUUUCUCUCUCCUGUCUCUGUCUACUUUCGUCAGCCUCUCCUUCUCUGUUAGAUUGUUCUUAUCUUGUUAGCAAAGAUUUGGAGGGCAUUCUUUAAUUCUUCCUAUUGACUUCGUUUCCACGAGGCAACACCAUAAAAUUGACCACUCAAUUGCUCCAUCAAUAUUCAUCCUCCGUUAAGCAUGAAACUCAUUUUACAGAAAGAGUUUGAGAAAAGGCCUAUAACAUUAUUCUUUCUUCUCCUUCCAAACUAGCAAAACAAAAUCGUCUGAAAAAUGAGCCAGUGUGUUCCCAGUUGGGAUCUCGAUGAAAAUCCCACUUACCCUCAUCUCUCUCACCGUUCCCGUUCAAAUUCCACGGCGCCGUAUGUCUCUAUGUUAGAUUAUGAAGUAGCAGAGCUAACAUGGGAGAACGGCCAGCUAGCCAUGCACGGAUUAGGACCACCACGCGUACCUGCGAAACCCGUGGCCACCGCUUCAACCACCAAGUACAAUUGGGAGAAGCCACGCGCCAGUGGCACUCUCGAGUCUUUAGUCAACCAAGCCACCAACUUGCCACAACAACGCAACAAACAACCCCCAUUUGAAACCGCCACCAUUAACGAGGAAAUCGCGCCUUGGUUUAACCAACACCACCGAGCUCCAGUUGCUACCGCCGCCGACACCAUGACUAUGGACGCUUUGGUUCCAUGCUCAAACCGGUCCACAGAGCGUACCACCACCACGCACGUGAUGGAUGCGGCGCCAAAGCUUGGUGGCACGUGUGUAAUGGAUUGCUCUACUCGUGUGGGGUCUUGCAGCGGGCCAGCUGCCACUCAGGAUGAAGAUCAUCAAGUCCUUCUGAAGAGAGCGAGGGUGGCGCGUGUCCCGGUGGCACAUGAGUGGAGCAGCAGGGACCAAAGCGUUAGCGGUAGCGCCACGUUUGGAAGGGAUAGCCAGCACGUGACUCAUGAUUCUUAUGAUAUGGACAUAGGUGCCGAUUUAACUUCUACUUCCAUGGGUUCGCCUGAAAACACUAGCUCUGCUAAACCUUGCACCAAGGCCACCACCGCCGAUGACCAUGACUCUGUUUGUCACAGCGCACCACAGAGAGAAGCAGGUGACGAGGGGGAGAAGAAUAAAGGAAUUGGGAAAUCCUCAGUUUCUACUAAAAGGAGUAGAGCUGCUGCCAUUCAUAAUCAAUCUGAACGUAAAAGGAGAGAUAAGAUUAACCAAAGGAUGAAGACACUGCAGAAGCUGGUCCCUAAUUCCAGCAAGACUGAUAAAGCUUCGAUGCUUGAUGAAGUGAUUGAGUAUCUAAAACAACUGCAAGCUCAAGUUCAAAUGAUGGGUCGAAUGAACAUGUCACCGAUGAUGUUGCCAAUGGCAAUGCAACAACAGCUUCAAAUGUCAAUGAUGGCUCCGAUGGGAAUGGGAACGGGAAUAGGAAUGGGGAUGGGAAUGGGGAUGGGAGUUGGUGUCAUGGACAUCAACACCAUGAACCGUCCCAACAUCAGUGGGAUGCCUUCUGUUCUUACUAAUCCUUUCAUGCCUGUCACUUCCUGGGAUGCCUCAGCGGCACAACCAGCUGUUAUGACUGAUCCUUUAUCCACAUUCCUCGCCUGCCAACCUCAGCCAAUGACCAUGGAUGCUUAUAGCAGAAUGGCUGCAAUGUACCAGCAGCUGCAACAACCUCCGGCUUCAAAUUCUAAGAGCAAAGAAUAAGAAAACAGAUACAUGGUUGCCUAUCAUAUUAAAUCUGGAGUUGGUAUAUGUUUGAAGCAGAAAAUCUAUUCAACUUUGUACCCUCUAUUAUUAUGCCAACAGCUUUUGGCCAAAUUGUCACCCUUUUUUCUUUGUGUGUACAAGUAUGCAGCUUCUAUAAUUAAUUUAUAAUUUGUAUAACUAUUUACAAGCUGUUAUGUUUCAGUCAUAAGUUGGAACCAAAGUUGGGUUGGAUUCGACCUAAGUUGUUUGAGCUCCAAUUGAACGAGUCAAAUUCGAGUUAAUGAUUAGAUUCAUUUUUUUCAA